AUGCUGCUGUUAAAAGCUAUAUUCUUUGCUUCAUUUGCAAGAGCAGAAAAUGAUGUCUGUAAGUUGUGGCAAGCAAAAGACCCGGCUUUGUAUAGUAAAGAUGGCGAUAUAAUCAUUGGGGGAAUCUUCUCUUUUCAUAGAAAUUUUCAGGUGAAGACCCCAAGAUUCACAACUAUGCCAGAAGCUUUAAAAUGUGAAAACAUAAAUUACAGAGAAUUUCGACUUGUACAAACUAUGAUCUUUGCCAUAGAAGAAAUAAAUCGGAAUUCUGAAAGGUUCAGUGGUAUUACACUGGGAUACAGGAUCUAUGAUGCAUGUGGUUCCAUAACACAGUCUAUAAAAUCAGCAAUGCUUUUACUGAAUUUACAGGAUGAAAUCAUUACAGAGCAAAAUUGUGUGAAGCCCUCAUCGGUGAUAGCAAUUAUUGGACAUUCUGAAUCAUCAUUAACAAUUGGAAUUGUAGUAACAAUUGGACAAUUUCACGUACCACUGAUUAGUCAUUCUUCAGGUUGUGAAUGUCUUAGUAAUAAGAAGGAGUUCCCAACAUUUUUCAGAACAAUUCCUAGUAAUUAUUAUCAAAGUAUGGCACUAGCAGAGCUUUUGAAAUACUUUGGAUGGUCUUGGGUUGGAACAAUCCAAAGCGACAAUGAUUACGGAAAUUAUGGAAUGGCAACAUUUUUACAAGCUGCACAAAGGGAUGGCAUGUGCAUCGAGUACUCUGUAUCUAUUCACAGAACAUAUCCAAGAGCAAAAUUUCUUGAAACUGUGAAAGUUAUCAAAGCAUCCUCUUCAAAGGUUAUUGUGGUGUUUGCAACAUUUGUGGAUUUUGAAUUUCUCGUCAAAGAAUUGCUGCUCCAGAAUGUGACUGGCAUACAAUGGGUGGGCAGUGAAUCUUGGAUCACUGCUAAGAACUUUGCUGGAGAUAAAGGCAACGAGAUGUUAAGAGGUGCAAUUGGGUUAGCAACCAGCAAUUCUUUAAUAGCAGGACUGAAUGAAUUUUUACUUAGUCUCCAACCUUCUGAUGACACAAAAAAUUCUUUUUUUAAAGCAUUCUGGGAGGAUGUCUUUAAUUGUACAUUAAUAAAUAAAACUGGGACAAUAAAUAAAACUGUUUGCACAGGUUCAGAAAAUCUGAGAGAAGUGAAUAAUCAGUUCACUGAUGUAACUGAUAUGAGGAUUCCAAAUAAUGUGUACAAAGCUGUUUAUGCAAUUGCCUACGCCAUACAAAACCUUGUCAUGUGCAAAAACACAGAGGAGCAGUAUUUAAACAAAACAUGUCAAAAAAGCAAAAUAAUACAGCCUUGGCAGCUUCUUCCAUAUCUGAAAACGGUGAAUUUCACAUUUAAAAAUGGAGAAAAUGUGCACCUUGAGGAAGAUGCUAAUGUGCAAUAUGAAGUGAUAAACUGGCAGCUUACUUCUGAAGGCAUGACAGAAUUCAUUACAGUGGGCUAUUAUGAUACAUCCCUUCUAGUAAAUCAGCGGUUUACAAUGAAAAACAUCAGAAUUAUUUACACAGGCAAUCAAACUCAGGUUCCUACAUCCAUUUGCAGUGAUGACUGUCCUCCUGGCACACGAAAGGCAGUUCAGAAAGGAAAACCAGUUUGCUGCUUUGAUUGUAUAAAAUGUGCUGAAGGGGAAAUAAGUAAACAUAUAAAUUCAAUAGAUUGUGUAAAAUGUCCACCAGAAUUCUGGUCAAAUGAAGAAAGGAACACUUGCAUCGAAAAGGAAAUAGAGUUCUUGUCAUUUGUAGAAAUUAUGGGGAUAUUCUUAAUUACAAUUUCUUUGGCCGGGGCAACUCUGAGUAUAACAAUUGCUUUUAUUUUCUUUAAUCAUAGAGACACACCGGUUGUCAAAGCAAACAACUCAGAGCUAAGCUUCCUGCUUUUAUUUUCUUUAACCCUGUGCUUUCUUUGUUCUCUCACUUUCAUUGGCCAGCCCUCAGAAUGGUCCUGCAUCAUGCGUCACACAACCUUUGGAGUUACAUUUGUGUUAUGCAUCUCUUGUGUUCUCGGCAAAACAAUAGUUGUGCUAAUGGCAUUUAGGGCUACGCUACCUGGUAAUAAUAUCAUGAAAUGGUUUGGGCCCAUCCAGCAGAGGUUAAGCGUUUGUAGCCUAACUCUAAUACAGAUCUUUAUAUGCAUUAUGUGGCUCAUACUGUCGCCUCCUUUUCCUAACAAAAACACAAGUGCUUACAAAGAAAAAAUUAUUUUGGAAUGUAAUAUGGGAUCAACUAUUGCAUUUUAUUCUGUAAUUGGGUAUUUUGGAAUGCUUUCUCUUUUGUGCUUUUUACUUGCUUUUUUGGCGCGUAAGCUCCCAGAUAAUUUUAAUGAAGCAAAAUUCAUCACUUUCAGCAUGUUAAUAUUCUGCGCAGUAUGGAUCACAUUUAUUCCUGCUUAUAUUAGUUCACUUGGAAAAUAUACAGUAGCAGUUGAAAUAUUUGCUAUAUUAGCCUCUAGUUUUGGUUUACUAUUCUGUAUUUUUGCACCAAAGUGCUAUAUAAUAUUAUUAAAACCUGAGAAGAACACAAGAAAACAUGUAAUGGGAAAAUGA